AUGCUCAAGGAUCGGAGCAUGAGUUCCAAGUGGAUAUGGCUUCUGGUGGCAGUUGCAAGGUCUGCAGCCGGCUGCCCUGAGGGCUUUAGGUCUUUCAAUGAAAAAUGUUACAUCUUCACGGAGGAGAAGGGGAGCAUGACGCAGUGCCAGGACCGGAUAUGCAGUGGUUUGGGUUCGACCUUGGCAGUGAUCCAUGACAUCGACACGCAGUUCUUCUUGGUGAAUCUCACACAGGAGUUUCAGGGACCGGCUUACGUAGGUCUUUUCGAGAGGGGUGUGAACGAAAGCGGUGAUUGGACGUGGGUCGACGGGAGCAACUUCAGCUUCGAGCCGGAUGCUAACGGGACGCAGUACCCUUUAGCCGGAUGGGCCCUCUCCGAGCCUGACAACUGGUGCUUGGACGAGGAUUGUGCUGCCUUGGGUGUUGAGUUCCUACCGAACUACUCGGCACGGGGCAUACCCUGGCUCUCUUCUCUCUUUGCGCCGCUGAAGUCCAAGGGUCUCAUUGACAUCUCCUGCAACACGCAGCUCCAUUGCCUAUGCCAGGAGGGCCAGGAGGUCUCCGAGGACUUCCUAAACUGGGAGUUCAACAACUCCGCGUUGAACAAUGAGAAUAGCCUCCAUGUGAACGCCACGUAUCUCCAGAACUACAUGACCUGUUUCUUCAAGCGGACUCGCUGCUGGUGGUACAACAAUCAGAGCUUCCAAGGCUCUUUCCUCGGCCUGGGCUUCCUCUGCCUCGGCUGCCUCAUCUACAGCAUGACGGGCUGUCAAGAAGGAGCGAAGCCGGCCGUGACGCUCGGUGAAGCGUCGGCUUCCUCGAACUAUGGUCAGCUUCUGGAGGCCUGUGACCGCCAGAACGAGGUGGAUAGCAUGGUGGACAGGUGGAUUGUGAAAGGUUCCUGGGCAUCCAUGCUCUACGGGAUCCUCCUGGUGGGCCUGUCGGUAUCCACCGUCUGCCACGUGAACUUCGGCAUCGGCUUCGGCUUUGGUGUCGAUGGGCUUCUGGCCCUUGCCAUGUGCGGAGCACAGGUGAUCAUCAGUGCAAGUGCUUGUAUGGUGCAGAAGCAUUUGUCGACGCCUUCCAGGAUGGUCGUUGCAUGGUGGGUGCUUGCUUUCGCCCUCGCGAAAGUCGGCAUGGCCAUCGGUGAUCUCAUUCUGGCGGUGAUGUACGUGACAGAGACUUUGGGUGGGUUCGUGCGCGAGAAUGCCAGCUUUUGCAGUGCUGGCUACCUUUUCUGCUGGAUGCUUAUGGUCUCCAUGGUCUGCCAGAGCGUGGCAGGCAUGGCGAUAGCGCGGAUUCACACUCGAGCAGCACAACAUAUGGGUGGGAUUUCAAGCCUCACAAAGGUUAUCGGUUGCUCGGGCUUGCUCUUCAUCGUGGCCACCUUCGGGGCUGGCUUGGGGCUUGGCGUGUGCUGUGGGCUCUUCAUCUUCGAUGACUCUUCCGAUGCAGUGGAUCCGAUGUUCGGCAUCGCCUUUUCCUAUUUCGCCGCCGCGCUCUUUCACUUCCUGGCCGGUGCCGGCAGCCUGCGCGCGAACACGCAGGUGACGUGUAGGACAUUCUGCCAGGAAGCGUGGGUUGCUUCUAGUGUGCAUUUCGGAUUGCUGGUCCCCGCAUCUGCCGCCAUGCAGAUGAUGCAUGAAGCCAUGCCUCCUGGCGAGCACCCUCCACAUCAUCCGCCUUCGCAGGCACAGAGGCCUGCAAAGCGGCGACGGCUGAAGGGCCUCGAUGCCAACAGCCUGGAGAAGCUUCUUCGUGGGCUGCAUCAAUGUCUUAGGAGAAUCGUCGACUCCUUGCCCGAUGCUGCUGCCGGGCCAAACGGCAAGGAGGCACCCGUCCAAGCUCUAGAGGAGGAGUUCGAGCGCCACUGGAGGCUGCGCUUUGAUGCCCGCGCCAUGGGUGAGUCAGGCACUGCCUCGUUCUUGCGGCGCUUCCCUUCCGUUUUCAAAGCCAGAAGCAAUGGCGUCGAAGUGCUGGUCGCCCCUCAAGAGGACCCCAACUUCGAUGACGCAGCCGCGGCCGGUUUGGAGCGUGCGGCGCCCGAAGACAAAAGCUUCCAGGUAGAUGGCUUCGCUGCCAGCUUCGGUGAACAGGUCAUCGCUGCGCUGGCGAACCUGGUGGCCGAGGAACGGAAGCCUGGCAGCGUUCCUCUGAAUUUCCAGUAUGCCAGCUUCGAGGUGGCACAGGAGCUGCUGACGAAGCUGAAAGACGGUGGCAGCCGUGAAGAGGAGGACGACCUUUUCAACGCGCUUCUGGAACCGAAGCCUCGCGCGGUGCCAAAGCAGGAGGACUUCCCGCGAGAAGAUCCCCUAGGUCACAUGCCCCCACCCAUGGGGCCCGGACCGCCAGGACCUCCUCCUUUUCCGGGCCCCGGAGGAUCAGGGCCACCGCCCGGUCCCCCCAUGAGCGGCCCCAUGGGCGGCGACUGGAAGGGCAAGGGCGGAUUCGGCAAGGGCGGCGGAAAGAAGGGCGGGGGCAAGUUCGGCAAGUUCGGCAAGUUCGAUUACGGGCGGUGGUGA